AUGCAAAACAACAUACCCGUUACUUAUCCCGUAUUAUGGAAUAUAGCGAGGAAAUUUUUAAUUUCCUUUCCAUCGUCAUAUCUAGUGGAAAGGGAGAUCAGCGCUGUUACCAAUCUCCUAACGAAAAAAAGAAACAGACUGGACAUCAUUAGCCGAGGAGAUUUAAGAUUAACCCUUACAAAAUUGACGCCAAAUGUUGAUAAUUUAUUAUUAAAGCAUCAGGUGGUAGAUGGUCUCUGACUGUCGAACGCAGAGGUACCACCCGGCGGUUCUCGUAGACGGAGCCAGAAUGUGUGCAUGUUGCAUGCACACGUGUUCCCUCGCCAGAGUCCGUGUG